AUGCGUUGCAAAUCAAUUCUUGCCGCGGCGGCUUUCCUUGGCCUCGCCGCCGCUCAGGUUCACACUGACUGUAAUCCCAUGGAACGCGAUUGCCCGGUAGACCCAGCAUUCGGAACCUCUCACCUUUUCAAUUUCAACGUCACCCCGAGUAGUGACCUUUGGGAAACAACCGCCGGUAAUGUGAAUUACGAUGCCCAGACUGGUGCCUCCUUCACCAUCAAUAAGCAAGGAGACUCGCCGACUAUUCGUACAAAGUUUUACUUCUUCUUUGGCCGCACCGAAAUCAUGCUCAAAGUUGCUCCCGGUCGAGGUAUAGUCAGUUCCAUGAUGUGGCUCAGCGAUGACCUCGACGAGGUCGAUUGGGAGUUCCUUGGUUCCAACAAGACAUUUGCGACGACAAACUACUUCGGCAAGGGCCGCCAGGAUUUCAAGAAUGGCGGUUCUCACCCCAUGACUGGUAUGCAGGACGACUACCACAACUACACCACCGUGUGGACAAAGGAUUCUAUUGAGUGGUUCAUUAACGGCAACCAUGUCCGCACCUUGAAUGCCAAGGAUGCCAACAAUACGCACAAUUACCCCCAGACGCCUAUGCGCAUGAGUGUUGGUAUCUGGGCCGGCGGCGACCCUUCCCUUCCUGAGGGCACGCGCAAAUGGGCUGGUGGUGAUACUGAUUACGCCAACGGCCCGUACACCAUGUACCUUAAGAGCGCCCACGUCACUGAUUAUAGCAGUGGCAAGGAAUAUUCAUACGGAGAUCGUUCGGGCAGCUGGCAAAGCAUCAAGAUUGCCAGCGGCAACUCUACCGCUCUCGAGGCUUUGAACAAGCAAGCCGACAAGUCAAUCAGCGAGAAAUGGAAUGAGCUCCCUACUGGAGCCAAGGCUGGCGUCUAUGCCGGAGCUGGUGGAGUCGCGGCCUUAGCUAUAGGAACUUUGCUUUGGUACUACUUCCGACAGCGUCGUAUUGGAGCCGCCGAGGCCAAGGCGGCCGCCGAACGUGAGGAACGGGACCGACGAGAGAACGCGCAGUUCCAAAAGAAUGGAAUUAACCCCGAUAGCUUCGCUGCCCAUGGUCAGGAGUACAACGCCCGGGAUCUUCGCGCCGGUGGUAUGGCUGACAACAACUCGUACCACGUUCCUGAAUCGAACCCAUUCAGUGGCCCCUUUGAUGAAAAGUCUCGUCUUGGAAGCAGUGCGAGUAACGCAAGUACCAUGGGUGGUGCUGGUGCAGCCAUGGCCGGCGGAGCGAUGGGAGCUGCUGGAGCUAUGCGUGGUCAACCUGGCCGGCCUGCCAGCCCUGCCUCUUCCAACCAUCAUGGCUUCGAUUUCGGUGUUCCCCCAAGCCCUGGCCACCCACCAGCACGCUCUCACAGCCCCGGUAUGCGAUCGCACUCCCCCAUGAUCCGAUCACAGAGUCCUGGUAUGCCCCCUCCAGGCUCUCCCGGCUCCCCUCGUCAGUACCAGAUGCGAAGCGACUCGGCCCCAGAUCCUUAUUCACGGAUGGGAUCUCCUGGCCCUCAUCAGCAAGGCUAUGGGCUCCAGAGGAUGCAAAGCCCCGGCACGAUGGGCCCGCAAAGGAGUUUUACCGACAACCAGCAGCCGGGCUAUGGAUACCGCGGGCCUGCGUCUCCUCGGAGCAACAAUGGCUGGUAG